AGGGCGGAAUGGAAGCAGGGACACUCAGCAUCUGUACCAAACGAUGAGGGUUGUGUCAGAUUCAACGGUUUUUGCUUAAAAUAAGGAAAAAGAAGAGCAGCUGACAACAUGUAUGGCUUUGUAAAUCACGCCUUGGAGCUCCUCGUUUUAAGGAACUAUGGCCCGGAAGUGUGGGAAGACAUCAAGAGGGAGGCUCAGCUUGAUAUUGAGGGUCAGUUCCUUGUUAGAAUCAUUUAUGACGAUGCCAAAACAUAUGAUCUAGUUGCGGCUGCAAGUAAAGUUCUCAAGAUCAAUGCAGGAGACAUCUUGCAGAUGUUUGGGAAGAUGUUUUUUGAAUUUUGCCAAGAGUCAGGAUAUGACACCAUCUUGCGAGUGUUAGGAUCAAAUGUUCGUGAAUUCCUGCAGAAUUUGGAUGCACUACAUGACCACCUGGGUACGAUUUACCCUGGGAUGAGGGCUCCCUCAUUUCGCUGCACCGAUGCCGAGAAGGGAAACAAUCUGAUUCUUCACUACUACUCAGAGAGAGAAGGCCUGCAAGACAUUGUGAUUGGCAUCAUUAAAACUGUCGCUCAACAAAUCCACGGAACAGAGAUAGAGAUGAAGAUGAUCCAACCGAAAAGUGAGGAGUGCGACCACAUCAAGUUCCUCAUCGAGGAGAAGGACUCAGAGGAGGAGGCGUUCUACGAGGAUCUGGAUGGUUUCGAGGAGAACGGCACGCAGGAGACGCGGAUCAGUCCGUACACAUUUUGCAAGGCCUUCCCGUUCCACCUCAUGUUCGACAAGGACCUGAUGCUCACACAAUGUGGGAACGCCAUUUAUCGAGUUCUGCCGCAGCUCCAGCCUGGCACCUGUAUCCUCCCUUCAGUUUUUUCUUUGGUCCGUCCUCACAUUGACUUCAGUUUUCAUGGCAUCCUUUCCCACAUCAACACUGUCUUUGUUCUGCGAAGCAAGGAGGGCCUGCUGAAUGUGGAGACUGUAGAGAACGAGGACGAGCUGACGGGGGUGGAGAUCAGCUGUCUGAGAUUGAAAGGACAGAUGAUUUACUUGCCAGAGGCGGAGAACAUCCUUUUUCUUUGUUCACCCAGUGUCAUGAACCUGGAUGAUCUUACACGAAGGGGGCUGUACCUGAGCGACAUCCCGCUACACGACGCCACGCGGGACCUAGUCUUGCUGGGCGAGCAGUUUCGUGAGGAGUACAAGCUGACCCAAGAGCUGGAAAUCUUGACGGAUCGUCUGCAACACACACUCCGGGCCUUGGAGGACGAGAAGAAAAAGACAGACAGAUUACUCUAUUCCGUUCUGCCACCAUCUGUUGCCAACGAGCUGCGACACAAACGGCCUGUCCCGGCAAAACGCUACGACAACUUGACCAUCCUCUUCAGCGGCAUUGUAGGAUUUAAUGCCUUCUGCAGCAAGCAUGCCUCAGCCGAGGGAGCCAUCAAGAUAGUCAACCUGCUCAAUGAUGUUUACACGCGUUUUGACAUCUUGACAGACUCUCGCAAGAACCCUUAUGUAUACAAGGUGGAAACAGUAGGUGAUAAGUACAUGACAGUGAGCGGCUUGCCAGAGCCGUGCACGCACCACGCCAAGUCAAUCUGCCACCUCGCUCUCGACAUGAUGGAAAUUGCUGGACAAGUCAAGGUGGAUGACGAACCAGUACAGAUUACUAUUGGGAUCCACACAGGAGAAGUGGUGACUGGGGUGAUUGGCCAGAGGAUGCCCAGAUAUUGCCUUUUUGGAAAUACAGUCAACCUCACAAGUCGUACCGAAACUACUGGUGAAAAGGGAAAAAUAAAUGUCUCAGAAUAUACUUAUCGGUGUUUGCAGUCUGCUGAGAACGCUGAUCCUCAGUUUCAUUUGGAGUAUCGAGGCCCCGUCACCAUGAAAGGAAAGAAGGAGCCGAUGAAGGUGUGGUUUCUUUCCAGGAAGCCCACUGACACAGAGUCCACCACAGUUAAAGCCUAACUAUUCAACACUAAAAC